AUGAUAAAGCAAUAUCACUCUCCUUUUCUUAGCUCAUUCUGUUUUUCUUUUUUCUUCAUUUUUUUUCUUUCUUUAGAUUUCUUUUCUUUCAUUUUUUCAUUUUUCUUUCAUUUUUUCAUUUUUCUUUCUUUUUUUCUUUUUCUUUUCCUUUUUCCCUUUUUUCUUUUCCUUUUUCCCUUUUUUCUUUUCCUUUUUCCCUUUUUUCUUUUCCUUUUUUCUAUUCCUUUUUUCCUUUCCUUUUUUCUAUUCCUUUUUUCCUUUCCUUUUUUCUAUUCCUUUUUUCCUUUCCUUUUUUCUAUUCCUUUUUUCCUUUCCUUUUUUCUAUUCCUUUUUUCCUUUUUUUUUCUAUUCCUUUUUUUCUAUUUUUUCUAUUCCUUUUUUUUUCUAUUCCUUUUUUUUUCUAUUCCUUUUUUUUUCUAUUCCUUUUUUUUUCUAUUCCUUUUUUUCUAUUCCUUUUUUUUCUAUUCCCUUUUUUUCUAUUCCUUUUUCCUUUUUUUUUUCUUUUCCUUUUUUUCUUUUUUUCCUUUUCCUUUUUUUUCCUUUUUUUCCUUUUUUCUUUUCUCUUUUCCUUUUUUCUUUUCUCUUUUCCUUUUUUCUUUUCUCUUUUCCUUUUCUCUUUUCCUUUUCUCUUUUCCUUUUCUCUUUUCCUUUUCUCUUUUCGUUUUUUUCUUUUCGUUUUUUUUUUUUUUUUCUUUUCGUUUUUUCUUUUCGUUUUUUUUCUUUUCGUUUUUUUUUUCGUUUUUCUUUUUUUUUUCUUUUCGUUUUUUUUUCUUUUUUUUUCUUUUCGUUUUCUUUUCGUUUUUUUUUUUUUUUUCUUUUUCUUUUUCUUUUUUCUUUUUCUUUAGAUUUCUUUUUUUCUUUUUUCAUUUUUUUUUUUUUUUUUUUUUCCUUUUUUUUUUUUUUUUUUUUCCUUUUUCCUUUUUCUUUUCCUUUUCCUAUUUUUUUAUUUCCUUUUUCUAUUCCUUUUUUUUCCUUUUUUCUCUUUUUUUUCCUUUUUUUUAUUCCUUUUUUUUUUUUCUAUUCCUUUUUUCUAUUUUUUCUAUUCCUUUUUUUCUAUUCCUUUUUUUUUUCUAUUCCUUUUUUCUUUUUUUUUCUUUUCCUUUUUUUCCUUUUUUCCUUUUUUUUUUCUUUUUUCCUUUUUUUUUCUCUUUUUUUUUUUUUUUUUUUUUUUUUCCUUUUUUUUUCUUUUUUCUUUUCCUUUUUUUUUUUUUUUUUUUUUCUUUUCCUUUUUUUUUUUCCUUUUUUUUUUCGUUUUUUUCUUUUCGUUUUUUUUUUUUCGUUUUUUUUUUUUCUUUUUUCUUUUUUUUUUCUCUUUUCAUUUUUUUUUUUUUUUCAUUUACCAUAGUUGCUUUCUCCCUUUUGGCUCUUUUAAUUAUAGGCUUCCCUGCACUAACACCUGCUGGUUAUUAUUAUCCAGGCUUCCCUAGUUUUGGGUACAUGCCUGCCCCUGCCCCGCCGAGUGAGCGACCACCCCAUGCUUCCCCUGCUUUCUACGCUGCUACGGAGAUUUUCGGUGCAGCACCAGGCAGUCAUGUGACCAGUCAUGUGACUGCUGGCGUACAAAGAACUGAACCAUCACAACUGCCCGUUAGUAGUUCACCUCUGCACCGGGAUUUCACCCAACGCACUACAGUGACUGCAAUAUCAACCUUAACGGUGUCAUUGUCAUCGACAGUGCAGUCAGCUUCAUCAAUACAUUUAAUUGCAAAGAUUCCAAGCAAUGAUGAAGACAGGUCUUGUUUUCUCUCUUUCUCAAUAAAACCUGAAAUACCCAUUUUCUCUCUCUCUCUCUCUCUCUCUCUCUCUCUCUUCUAUUUGUGGUUAGAAGUUGUUAAAUGA